AUAUAUACAAAGAACAUAACACCCUUUAAAGACUUGCUACAAUUCUUUAUCAGCCUUGAAUCUAUUGGUGACUCAUCUCAUAAACACACAAAUCAAGGUUGAGAAUCGUUUUUAGUUAAAAUGCUUCAGCGGCACUUCCUGCCUGAGUGUAUUUCUGGCAAACCGGACCCUACCACUACUACUUGCAUACACGUGUAAAUAUAGUACAAAACUUAUUAUUACAGUUCACAGUACCCUUAGCCUUAGGCAUCGGCAUAAUAUUAUAGACCAGUUUACAACAUACUCCGGUAAGGGCAUCAUACGCCUAUAAAAUGGAGGUCCAGAACUACAAAUACGAUGAUAACGACGACGACGACGAAGCCUCCAUUGGACCAGUCCUGAUCCCCAUAAAUUUUACGACUGGGAGUCUUGGUCGUUCUGGCAAGACGUACCAGGGAAUAAAAUCCCUUCAUAAUGUCACGCGCCUCAUUGAUGUGGACGAAACGUGGGCAAUACAAAAUGAAUUCGGGAUUACUCUUGACGAAAAUCGAUACUUUCUCCGCAGACAUGCAAUAUUACGAAAAAUGCCAUUAAUGCCAGCCUUACACAGCAUGAAGUCACGAAUCACUGAACUUAUGGCAGAAUUUGAAGUUGCACCUGAAGGGCCAUGGAAAGUAAACAUUAUCGACAUUGUGCAUCAAAAGAAGGGCAGCCAUUUCAAAUUCUGCAAGCCGGUUGUUGAAAAAAGUGACAAUCUGAACUUGUUCACUCCAGCUUUUGGGUUUAAUACGGCUCUGAAGAUCAAAUCUGAGAAAGUUAGGCCAAGCUCCCCUGUCUCAAGUAUUUAUUCUCAUAAGCGAAAUAGGACCCCUCUGCCAGACGUUUCUUUCAGCGCAAACUUUAUAAAGGGACUUAAGUUAGAAAGAAACUUUACCAACGAUACCAACGAGUAUAACGAGCCCAUGUCAAGCAGACAAGCGUACAACACGGCUCUACCAAGCUAUGUUGACAUCGAGGAUACAAACUCUGUACACAGUUACGAGUCACAGGAAGACUUGGACGGGCUUGAAAUUCCACAGGAAGAUUUUAAAUCGGAUUUUCUUAAUCGAAUUCAGAAUUGUUUGACAGAGGAUAUGCUUAAAGAUGCAAAGAAGGCGCUUCAAUCCCAAAAGGGGACGCAGUUCUCUGGACAACGGGAUCGCUGGACCACGUGGACAAUGCAGUGUCCAUACGUCGUGUCAGUUUUGCGAUCUCUCUUUGAUGUCUAAUAUAUUUAUAAUCUUUAUACAUACAUGCAUGUCCUGCAGCUUCAGAUAUCUAUUUUUUGUUGCUCAAUGCGAUUAACGUUUAUACAAUUGACAAAGUUGAUAUAUAAUUGUAGACUAGUAUUUAAGAUUUAUUACCACACACUUCACAUUUCUCCUUUUUUACUUGAAAUGUAAUUUAGUAACACGUGCUCAAUUUUCUAUGAUCAGUCCUCAUAGCUGGCAGUUUCAAUCAUUAACAUAACAAUGAUCAAUUGUUUAAUUCUCAUAUGUAUGUACAUAUAUAAUCCAAUGAUAAUUGUGAGUUUGAUUUAUUAAUUUUAAGCAUAUGACGUAAGUUAAUAACCUCUGUUAUGUAUAUAAAUGAUAGGAAUAAUAUUUCUGAGAAUUUUGAUAUUAUUUGUAUCUCUGUCAAGCUUAGACUCGGGUUGAACCGAAUAUAACUAAAAUUAGUUCUAAACAUAAAUUCUGCGAAUUAUGGAUUAAUCAGAUAAUAAAUGCAAAGCUCCGAAGAUAAAAGA